AUGACCCGCCUCCGUGUGCUGCUCCAGGAUGAUCGAACACGAUUCUAUGGUAUGACCAUUAAAGGAAACAGCAUACUCCACAUCGCCGCAAGUCUCGGUAAAGUCUGGCCCAUCACCGAGGCAUGCAAUCUCCCUGAAUUGGGCCUCCUACUGCACCAGAACUUAAAAGGCGACACGAUCCUCCACUGCGCCGCCCGUGCAGGGCAUGACCACAUCCUAUCAUUGCUUAUCGAUCAUCAAGCAGGAAAGCAAAUGACGAAAGUGCUGAACCAGCGCGGGGAUAGUGCUCUGCACGAAGCUGCACGCGGCGGCCAUGCCAAAGUUGUCCUACAGCUUUUAGUUAUUGGAGAGAAUAUGGCCUCGAUGGUUAAUAGAGAUGGAGAGUCACCGCUUUAUCUAGCAGCGGUGAGGGGCUCAGUGGAGAUUGUGAAAAUGUUGCUCGAAUGCGCGAUGGUGGAUUAUAGAGGACCUCGAGGGCAAACUGCUCUGCAUGCUGCUCUAACUCCUGUAAGGUCGGGUCGGUCUUCAGAUAUUGCGAAGGUGCUACUGGAAAAAAUGCCAUUACUAAACCUACAAGCAGAUGCCUCCCAAAGCACCCCCAUUCACUAUGUAGCUUCCCUUGGAAAUGUAAACAUGGUGCGUCUUCUACUACAAGCAAACGCUACAAUAGCUCAUCUCUUGGACGACAAGGGCCUCUCAGCCAUCCACAUAGCAGCAAGAAAGGACUAUACGGCAGUUAUUGAGGAGAUACUUCACCAUUGCCCAGAUGCCACUGAGCUCACUGAUGGUGAUGGCAACAAUUUUCUUCAUGUUGCUAUAAAGAAGGGAGCGACAGCAGUGGUGAGACUAGUUCUUAGUAACCCUCUGCUCAGACAGAGCAUAAGUGAGACAGAUCAUGAGGGAAACACACCAUUGCAUAUGGCUGUAAUGGGCCACAACGUUGAAAUUGCUCGGCUUUUGCUGUUAGAUAGCAAAGUCGAUGAAAAUGUUCUAAACUGCAAGGGUCUCACUCCCCUUGAUGUAGCUUCAUCAAUUGAGGACUCCAAAUUUCACUUCAAGAGGAGUUUGAUGAUCAGAGACUUGAACUUAGUUGACGCCAAGUUUGGCCCUCGCCGAAUGGACAUUGUGAUGUUUGAGGAUCAAGUGUCGUCCGUACAGUCCUUGGACGAAGCAACCCAUGCUGCGAAAGGUCUUCUUCAGGAAAUUGGAUAUUUGCGAAGGGGUGAAAAGGGGAACGCAAUAAGAUGGUUAAUUCAACUGUCUUCUCAACAUUACAGCAAAGGCAAUAAAAGGAUUGGAAUCAAGAAGUUCAGGACAAUCAAGCAAAAUUUAAGUGUUUUUCUAAGGAAUUGUCUAUUGGGAGCCAUUACAGAAGCUCCUGAAUUAGAAGAUAAGGUAAGAGUGGAUUUGGCUUCUGUCUCUUUGGAUAGUUUGUUGACGAUUAGUGAAAAUUGGAGUAUGAAGGAAGGGUUGAGGAUAUGGUGA